AUGGCGCACCGCAUCGCGCCCGCGCCCGCGCCCUCCCCCUCGUCCCCGUCCCGGAACCUCCAUCUCGACCUCGACCCCGAACCCGACCACCACCGCGCCGGCCCCGACGCGCCCACCGCCCUCCCCGAGAUCCUCGUCUCGCCCACGAGCCCCUCGGCGCGCGCUGGCCGGCGGCGGCAAGAGCUCGAGCCGGAACGGGCGCGAGGAGGAGAAGGGGGCGCGGCAGAGGCAGGGGCGGACGAGGCGCCCGACGGGGGCACGAGGGACGAUGUGCAGCAGCGUGCGGUGGUGCGAGAGGCGAGGGGCGCGAGCGAGGUUGGCGAGGGCGCAGGCGCAGGCGCAGGAGCGCCGCACGUCGCUCGGCCUCGGGCUCCGGCGGCCGCAGCCUCCUCGAGGCGGGUCGACGCGGACGCCGCGCAGCCCUCGACCCGCGCGAGCGCCAGCGCCGGGCGCCCGACGAUGAGCUCGCGCGAGGGGGCGGCGCAGGGGCGCGCGGCGGCGGGCGAGACCUCGACCUCGACCUCGUCGGCGUUCACGGCGUCCACCUCACCCUCGCCGUCCUCCCCUCCCGCCAUCGCGCCCGCACCCGCACCCGCACCCGCACCUGCACCCACACCCUCAUCCGCACCCGCACCCGUAUCCGCACCCACGCCAGCCGCACCGCGCCCUCCCUCGUCCUUCUUCUCGACCCUUUCGCACGCCCUGCCGACCUUUAUCGGGCGCACCGUCGCCCAGUUCCUCCCGCCGCCGGAACUCCCGGGCGCGUCGUCGCUCCAGAUGCGGCCCUCGAGCGCGUCGUCGGACGAGGAGGUUGAGA